UGGAUAAUUUAUUUAAUAAUCAAACUAAAGUUGGGAAUAGAUUCACCCCUGGCAGGUUGGAGUGGACAGCAGCCACUUAAAAUAGCAAUUUAAGAGUGGUUGAAUCCCUCUUCUAUUACUUUUUGAAUAAUUCAAAUGUGAGCAAUAAUCAGAGCUCAUACAAAUAUGGGAAAUUCUACUUGACUGUCAGGACUGAACUGUUUGCUCUUGCCAAUGCAGUUUCAAUUUAUUUCCUGACACUUAUUUUAGUAAAAUGAAGGAGCUUUAGGAGGAAAAUAUCUAGGAUCCCAUGGACAAUGUAGAAAUUGCAGUGAAAAGUACUGUAGCAGAUAGAGGGAUGUAUUGUGUACCCUCAUAUCAAUGCUUCUCUGCUGUAAAAUCUCUCCUCUGAAAGCUGUAUUUCUUUAACACUACUUGUCAUGGCUUUGUUAUGUGUCUGAAUGACAGAUUUAUUUGUUUUUAUAUUCUCAGUCUUUACCAAAAUACAAAAUGUUGUUGUUGUAUGCCUUCAUACUACUUCCUAUUUAUAGUGAUCUAAGACAAACCUAUCAUGAGGCUUUCUUGGCAAUAUUUGUUGAGAGGGGCUUGCCUUUGCCUUUCUCUGUGGCUGGGAGAGUGUGACUUCACCAAGAUCACGCAAUCACUUUCCAUGAUCAAGCACAGAUUCAAACUCUUGUUUCCAGAGUUGUAGUUCAAUGGCCAGUUGCAUGCAACCACAAGAUGCAGAGCCAACCUUAAGAAAUGGGGCUAUAAAGUGGAGUUCACGACAUGCGAGUAUGGAGAAGAGCAAACCACAGACCACUUACUACAAUGCAGUCUGAGCCCUGCCACAUACACAAUGCAGGACCUUCUUCCAGCAACACCAGAGGCACUCCAAGUGGCCAGCUACUGCUCAAAGGAAAUUUAGCAUAAUGCCAAGUUUUUAACUUUAUUUGUGGUUUUUUAAAUACAUUAUAACUGUAUUCUCAAUUCGCUUCUGACACGAUAAAUAAAUAAAAGUUCAAUGGUCAAACCGUGCUCGCUCUCAAAAUAGUGUAGCAAAAGGUGCUCUCUAAAGUUAUUAGGAAAGGCUUAAAUACCAAAGGCACUGGGCCAUAUCUGAUUUUGGAAGCUAGGCAGGGCCAGCCCCAAUUAGUAUUUGGAUGGGAGGUUGUAAGGUGCUAUAGGUAGGAUGUCAAAGGGAGGAACAGGCAAAACUGCCUCUAAGUAUUCUUUUCCCAAGAAACCCAAUAAAACGCAUGGGAUAUGUUGACAGGCAAUUUGAAGGCACUCAAAGUACAAUAAACAAAUUUUAGUAUAGGAAUAAUCUCAUGUUUAAGUGCUAAUGAAAUGCCAGAUAAAGGCUCAAAGCACGUUUAUUUCACAGGAAGUUUUAAUAAAUAAAAUGAGAGUUUCACUGCACAUGGGCAAGAUGUAUUCUUGGUCUUAGCCUGGCUAUGAUUAAAAUAUUUCUACUUUUUUUUGUCAAUCAAUUGGUUAAGAAGCGGAGGGGAUUCCUGGCUGCCUUUUGCAAGAAGCUUCUUUGCAAAGUCCCUCCCCUCGAGUGCCAUGUGUUGGCUUGUCCUUCUGCGCCUGGAAGGAUUUGGCUGUGCUGAUUCUGCCGGGACUGAGAAGGUAUUGCUCACCUGCCCCUCCCCUCUGACUCAAGUCAAGACAAGUCACACCGUUUGUUUGGCAUAGCCAGAGCCAGAGCAAGAGCAAGAGCAAGACAGCACCUGGAAGAGGGAAGCAGCCAAGGGAUCGGAAGUGUGGACUGCACAGAAAAUUCAGUACCAGGCUUGGUUUUCAAGCACUGGAAUAAACCUGUCAAGAGUUUCCUUUCACUGAUUUUUCUCUCAGUUCCAAUUGCUGAAUCAGGGACUCAGUCCAGCAGCAGAAGACAUUACGGCACUUUCCAGGUGUGACCACACCAGCUCCCCAAACCGCCCAGAGCUUGGCCAUGAAGAGCAGGAGUAAGGAUGAGACUAGCGACACAGACAGUGGGAUCAUAGUGCAGUCAGGACUAGACAGCCCCAUGGCUCCCAUGAAGGAUCUCACCCAAGCCAUGAGGAAGCAGCAGAAGGCUUUGGAGGAGAAACUUGAGGCCUGCGUGCAGGAGCUGAGAAGGCUGUGUUUGCGUGAGGCAGAACUGACAGGAUUGCUCCCUUCAGAGUAUCCCGUGAAGCCAGGAGAGAAGCCUCCAAAGGUGCGCCGUCGAGUUGGUGCAGCUUUCAGAUUAGAUGAAAAGGCCAUUCUUUCAAGAGGAGCGGAUCCUCUGAGCACACUGGAAAGAGACCUGGCUCUCCAGCUGCAAAUCGCUGAGGCUUCACGUUGUCUUUCCCGGGAAGAGAAUCUCACCAAGCAGGUUCGGAAGCGUCGGAAAAGUGCUGUGUUGAAGGAAGAAAAGAAGCUGAAGGAGCUGGAGCAUGCCCUCAUUGAGUAUCACUUGACAGCCAGGCAUUCGUCACAGCUAAGGGCCAGUGCUCCCGCAUUGGAAGGAUUCAGUGCCUGUGAUGAGAGCCUCCUGUUAGAGCCUUCUCAGGUAGAGAAAGAACCCCAGAUGGUGAGCCCUAGUCUUCCACCAAAGCUUCCAGCUUCCACACACUACCAACCCUUGCAGAAUCCUUCAGUCCAGUCCUCUCAUCCUGGCUUGCCAGAAAGACAAACUCACAAUCAAGCCACCAGUGUGGAAAGCUCGCCUAUCCAAAACAGCCCAUGGAAAGAGACCAGUCUGGAUAAACCCUAUGAGAAGCCCAAGAAAACUUCAGAGCCCAGCAGUGUGCCAAGCAGUCCAGUUGUGGUGGCACAACCUGCACCCAGUCCUGCUGCUCAGAGGAGAACUGAGGCUUCUGCCUGCAAUGUUGUUCCUCCUAGGAAGCUGGAAGGAAGGAGGCAGGCUGGUUCCAGUGCUCCACCAACACCAGAAUUACUGGGAAGAAGAGGGCAAGCUCAACUGAUAAGGGUGUCUUCAUCCCGGGACGGUUUGGAGCCCCACAGAAGAAGCGCAUUGCCAAGGCGACGCCCCACCUACUACACAGUCACUGUCCCUGAGUAUUGCUUUUCUACAUCUAAACCCAAUCCAGCCAUCAAACCGACCUUUCACUCUGCCUCAGAAGACAGCAAUUCAGAUGCUUCCAGCAUCUCUUAUACUACGUCUGCAGGGAGCAGCAGUCCUGACAUCUCCUUCUUGAAACCAGUGUCUUCAGUGCCCAUGGAGGAACCCUUCCAGCCCCAGACCAGCAGAGGACAAGAAGCAGAAUACCACUGUCAGUGUCCACAGAAGCUGUUGUCAUCUUCAGGUUACUUCCCUGCUGUGGAGUAUAUAGCUGAUGGUCACAUUCCUGCUGGGAUGGAGUUUUGUCGAGGUCGGCCACCCUUUUUGUCUGCCAGCUCUGCCCACUUGGCCUUCAAGGAAGAGGUGGUGCCAGUCAGAUUCCACAGGUCCAUUGUUUCCCAGAGUCGGGUGGUACGCACACCCUCACUGAAGGACUGCCCCCCAAUAGGCCCUCGGGCCCUCUCCAAGUCAGUGGUGACAGAAGAGCUAAAAUCAUGGCAUGAACGGACUCGGUUGCGCAAUGCACGGCCACAUUCACUGGACAGGCAAGGGGCUUUCCACAUGCGCAGUGGGCCAGGCAGAGAGGCGCUCCUUUCAUCUUCCAGAGGGCAACAAGUUCAGGUGCCCCGUAUCCAUAUCUUGAAACGCUCUCCAGAAGGAGCCCCUGUGCAAGUCUAUGUGCCAGAAAAUGGUGAAAUAAUUACUCAAGUCUGAAUCUACCCACCUUGCAGAAGUUGGCAUUGUCAGCAGGCUGACCAUCUAGAAUAAGGACCUGGACCAAGCAUAAUCCUGAAUCUACCAGUUUUGCUAUAUGAGAGAACAUUAAGAAGCUUGCAGAAGAGAGUAUACUUCAGGAUUUUUCUUUGCUCUUAUGGUCAUCUGACAAUGAAUUUACCAUUAUGGAUUUACCACCCAAUAAUUGGGUUUCUUUGUGCUGUGUGGAUUGCAAAGGACACGGAAGACCUUCAACACUAAUUAGCCUAUUUAUUCAUUUCUGUCUGUGCUGGAAACAUCUGGGGUGCCUGUAGGUUAUGAAAACAAGAUUUAGUCUAAAGAGCCAUUCAUAGCUUCUAUGAGAAGAACCAUUCUGAGUGUAGUUUAUUUUAUAAACCACUGUUCUGCUUUGCUAUGGAGGCUGCUAUAGAAAUUCUGUCUCUUUGGUUUUAUGUAUGAAUUGCAAAUUCUGUAUUUUCGGUUUUAAUAGAGAAUUGUACUCAAAAGGCAGAUCAUUUUCAUGGGUGAAACAUACUAUGUUGCUCUGUUUUUGUAGGUAUUUAACCCUCAUUACUUUAUACAGUGGAGACAUCUCUUUCUACUUUCUUGCCACAAGAUUAAGUCUAGUCAUAGUUUCUACUUGCUGACCAAACUAGAGGGUUUUUAAAAAAUUGCAAGUCAGUAGGGCGGGCAAUGAAUGUACAGUAAGACAGCUAGUAUUGUCCUGAACUCUGGUGCAAAAACAUUGGACAUGCCAUUCACAGAAAGCACCUGAACAUUACAAAGCAUGUGUGUCUGCAUGUGUUUAAUUUAGGGCAACCCCAAUACAUUUUAUAGGAUUUUCUUAGGCAAGCAAUACUGAGAAAUUGUUUUGCUAGUUCCUUCUUCUGAAACACAUCCUACAGCACAUAAUAUUUGCUGGCACUCUCCAAUGCAAAUAUCAACCAGAGUUGACCCUACUUAGAUUCUGAGAUAAGUCACAAUCUGGUCCUUUUAACAAGAAUAUGUGUUAUUCCAACCUUUUGUCUUUUGCAGACAUCUGCUUUAGCUUCUUACUGCAUAUUACACGACCAUUUCCAAGCACCUCGUUCUACAUAAUCCUUGCCUUUUUUCUGUAGUAAAACUAGGGAUGCCAAACCACUACUAAUCAGACAUGAUGGGUAAGGAUGUAGUUUCUGCAGGACUUAUUGUCAAUUAACCAAGUUGUGCAAGUUUUGUUUCUGAAGUGCCUGUCUCUGUAAUGGUUAUCCCUGACUCGGCAGUAAACAGUGUUAAAUCUAUUUGGACACUUUAUUUUGAAUAGAAUACAUCAUUGAAAUUUCA